AUGGCUUUCCGAGAAUAUGUAACAGGUUUCUUCGGAAACCACAACGUUAUGGCGCCUUUCUCACGCUUUUACCGAGCCAUGGUGCUCAAGAUGAACCAACAUGAAGAUGAAGCGACAACGUCUGGUAUUACGGAUGGCGCGAUCGAUGAACAAAACCGGGUCAUCUUCAUCAACCAGCCGCAACCGCAGAAAUUCGUUAACAAUAGGAUAUCCACCGCCAAGUAUAGUGUACCGUCGUUCGUGCCGCUAUUCCUGUUCGAGCAGUUUCGACGCUAUUCCAACUGCUUUUUUCUACUGAUCGCGCUGCUGCAGCAGAUCCCUGACGUGUCUCCGACGGGGAGAUGGACCACGCUGACGCCACUCGUUCUCAUCCUCACCGUAAGCGCGCUCAAGGAGAUCGUGGAGGACUACAAACGUCACCGCGCGGACGAAGAAACCAACCGUCGCAAAGUGGAAGUGCUACGCGAAGGGGCGUGGCAACUUCUCCGGUGGGAGAAACUACAAGUGGGCGACGUCUGCAAGGUCUACAACAACCAGUUCUUCCCCGCUGACCUCGUGCUGCUUGCAUCCAGUGAGCCACAGAGCAUUGCAUUUAUCGAAACGUCCAAUUUGGACGGAGAGACGAACCUGAAGACGCGUCAAGCUCAACCGGAGACCGCGCGGUUGCAGCACGACUCCGAACUGGCUACCUUCCGAGCCACGCUUCAGUGUGAACCGCCCAACAGGCAUCUCUACGAGUUUAACGGCAUGCUGAAGGAGACUAACGCCAAAACCGUUCCGAUGGGACUGGAGCAGAUGCUGCAAAGAGGGGCGAUGCUUCGGAACACGGCGUGGGCCUUGGCAGCCGUGGUGUACACCGGGCACGAGACCAAGCUUAUGAAAAACUCCACUAAAGCCCCAUUGAAGCGUUCGUCGAUAGAUCGCCAAACGAACACGCACAUUCUGAUGCUGUUCAUCAUUUUGAUAGUGCUGUCCCUCAUCAGCGCCGCGUUCAACGAGCUCUGGCUUCUGCGCCGCGCCAAUACCGACUGGUACAUCGCUUUAGAAGGGGCCCAGAAUGCAAAUUUCGGAUUUAAUUUUUUAACGUUUUUGAUAUUAUACAAUAAUCUUAUACCAAUAUCUCUACAAGUCACCGCGGAAAUUGUGAGAUUCUUUCAAGCGAAGUUCAUAGCCAUGGACGGCGAGAUGUACCACGCGGAGUCCGACACUCCGGCCAUGGCCCGCACCUCCAACCUCAACGAGGAGCUGGGCAUGGUGCGCUACGUCUUCAGCGACAAGACGGGCACGCUCACCUGCAACGUCAUGGACUUCCACAAGUGCUCCAUCGCGGAGAUCGCGUACACCAAACCGGGUCCCGACGAUCGGCUGGAAGACACGCUGCUGUACCACAAUCUCCGGGAACAUCCUUCGGCUCCAGAUAUCGCCGAGUUCCUCACCAUGUUGGCCGUCUGUCACACCGUCAUUCCCGAGCACCAGAACGGCAAAAUCAACUACCACGCCGCUUCACCCGACGAGCGAGCCCUGGUGCUGGGGGCGGCCUCGUACGGCUGGGUGUUCGAGACGCGUACUCCGACCGCGGUCACGGUGAUGGCCCGAGGCCAGAGGCUCACGUACGCCGUCCUGCACGUCAUCGCCUUCACGUCCACGCGGAAGCGGAUGUCCGUCGUCGUGCGAGCGCCCAACGGUGACAUCAAGCUGUUCUGCAAAGGCGCCGACUCGGUGAUCUACCCUCGCCUGGCGGGCGGGCCCGACGCGGCGCCCUACGCCGCCGCCACCCUGGAGCAUCUCUCGCUCUUCGCCGCCGAGGGCCUUCGCACCCUGGUCUUCGCCGUCGCCGACAUCCCGGAGCACGUUUACAAGGAUUGGUCGAACACCUACCACAAAGCCAGCAUCGCGAUACGGGACAGAGAGCGGAAGAUCGAAGAGGCCGCUCUGUUGAUCGAGAACAACUUGAGACUGCUGGGAGCAACCGCGAUCGAGGAUAAACUGCAGGAAGGCGUGCCGGAGACGAUAGCGUCUCUCCUGAAGGCCAACAUCAACGUGUGGGUGCUGACGGGAGACAAACAGGAGACCGCCAUCAACAUCGCCCACUCCGCGAGGCUCAUUCAUCCCGCGAUGCCGCUGCUGCUGCUGAACGAAGACAGCCUGGACGGAACGCGCGAGUGCCUGUCCCGUCAGUGCGCCGAGUUGGGCGACGGCCUUCGGAAGCAGAACGAGGUGGCGCUGGUCAUCGACGGCAAGACCCUGAAGUACGCCAUGGGCUGCGACCUCAAGAAGGACUUCAUCGACCUGUGCGUGUCCUGCAAGGUGGUCGUCUGCUGCCGCGUCUCUCCCAUCCAGAAGGCCGAGGUUGUAGUGGACAUGGUGUCUCGGGCGACGGGCGCGGUGACCUUGGCCAUAGGCGACGGAGCCAACGACGUGGCCAUGAUCCAGCGGGCGUCGGUGGGCAUCGGCAUUUCGGGCGUGGAAGGGCUUCAGGCCGUCUGCGCCUCGGACUACAGCAUCGCCCAGUUCCGUUUCCUGUUGCGGCUUCUGCUGGUGCACGGCGCGUGGAAUUACUCCCGCAUCAGCAAACUCAUUCUCUACUCCUUUUACAAGAACAUCUGCCUCUACGUCAUCGAGCUGUGGUUCGCGAUUUACUCUGCAUGGUCCGGUCAGAUCCUGUUCGAGCGUUGGACGAUAGGCUUCUACAACGUGAUCUUCACGGCUCUACCGCCCUUCGCCAUCGGUCUCUUCGACAAGAUCUGCUCGCCGGAGAUCAUGAUGCGGCAUCCGGUGCUGUACGUGCCUUCCCAGCAAGGGCUGCUGUUCAACGUCCGCGUGUUCUGGGUGUGGGCGGUGAACGCGCUGCUGCACUCGGUGCUGCUGUUCUGGCUGCCCGUGCUGCUGGCGUCGCACCACGUGCUGUGGCCCAGCGGACGGGACGGAGGCUACCUGGUGCUGGGCAACCUGGUGUACACGUACGUGGUGGCGACGGUCUGCCUGAAGGCGGGGCUGGCGACGCACUCGUGGACCUGGGUGACGCACGUGUCCAUCUGGGGCUCCCUGGCGCUCUGGUUCGUCUUCAUACUGAUCUACAGCAACCUGUACCCGGCGAUCCUGAUAGGCGCGGUGAUGCGCGGCAUGGACCGCAUGGUGUUCAGCUCGCUGGUCUUCUGGUUCGCCCUACUGCUCAUCCCCGCCGCCACGCUCAUCCCGGACCUGAUCAUCACCGUCAUCCACAACUCGGCCUUCAAGACCACGACGGAGGCCGUGAGAGAGAGCGAGAUAAAGAAGCGUGAUCCGGCCGCACUCCUCGCACACCCGCGGCACUCCUUGACGGAGACGGCGCGGCUUCUGCAGAACGUCCGCAGCGUCUUCGGCCGCCGAGCUAACACCCGCGCACAGAUGGACCUCGAGCUUUCCCAUGGUUUCGCAUUUUCCCAAGAAGAGGGCGCGAGCGUGUCCCAGGCCGACGUGAUCCGCGCCUACGACACGAGUCAGCCCAGAGAGCGUUGCUGA